AUGACGCGGAAGGUACUUCAACUUCUAUUUGCUGAUUUUGCUGGCAACCUACUAAAAAUUCUAAACUUUGCGGGACUUUGGCUAAAAUCAAAAUCUUAUAUAAACAUAAGGAACAUGCGAGACCAAGUUAAGACAGAUUUUGAAUCCGAUGAAAAACGUCCUCCUAUACAAUAG